AUGCCCUACCAGACCCAGGCGUACGCCCAGCCAACGGCGUAUGUCAUGCCCACGGUCUACCAACCACAACAACAAAUGGCCCAAGCUCCCCAGCCUCAGCCACAGAUAUUUCAACCCCAGCAGUACCAGUACAUGCAGGCCCCUCCACCGCCCGUAUCUUUCCCACAACCUCCUCCCGCCGCGCAACCCGUCAUCCCUAACGUUCCGCCACCAAAUUUCGUUCCCAAUGCCCAGACCUCUAUGGCCGGCGGCCAGGCAUAUGCUCAGCAGGGCGCGUCUGCAUCAAUGCCUCAGCCUGUGGUGCCUAAUAUCGCCCAAAAUAAUGGUGCGCCUGUGAUCCCUCAGAUGCUUCAACAGCAGGCUGCGAUGCACAUGCCAGAACCCAUGGUCGACCCCGAUCCGCCCCGUUCACGAUCCCGGCUGGGCCCAGGCCAGUACGGUCCUUAUGAUGACCGUCGGCGCCGUACUCCAUCGCCACACUACCGCUCGCGGUCGCUUUCUCAGAACCCACUGCCGCGACCUCCCCGAGACAUCUUCGAUUCCACGCCGUACAUACGGCUGCUAGACGAACUCCGCCGCCCGAUCGACAACGACACGCUCAAGCGGAAUCUUACCGUCAAGACGAUGCAGACGCAGGCCGUCAACAUGCCCAUGAUGGGCCCUGCCUUCCCCUCCGGCUCGGGGUCUCGUAGGCACGAACGAAAGCAUCGUAAGGGCCUCUUCAACGUCUUCGGGCGACGGAACCGCAACGAGGACGACGAGGAUAUUGUCUCGCCCAUGCAAGCCCAGCCUAUGUUCUACCCCACCAUGCCUGCGCAACAGCCCUAUGCCGCCCCGCAGAUGACGCAGGUCGACCCUGGCGUCGGCGCGCCUCCCGCUAUGAUGUACGCACCCUCACGAGAGCCCACGCCCAUCCCGAUGCGUGAGCCUACGCCCGUGCCGCGUGUCACGGUCAAUCGGCAGAACGAGUUCGCAAGCUUGAUCCCUUCCUCGCCCGUCCGCGUGCACUACCACCACAAGUCGUACCCCACCGCCUUCCACUUGCACGAAGCUCUCAAAUUCAUGGAGCACAUGCCCGAGAUAGCGGAGCGUAUACGAACGUGUCGCACUGUCAACGAAGCACGGGAGAUCUCGAUCACAAACGACGAUUACGUGCGGAAUGACUGGGAGCACGUCCUUUACGACAUGAUGGACGAGGUGAUUUACCAGAAAUUGCUCCAGCAUGAACACCUCCGUGCGCUAUUGCUCGAGACGGGCCUUGCAGACAUCGUCUUCUCUGAUACGGACGAGUUCUGGGGAGAGGGUCCUGUAGGUCGGGGUCUCAACGAGCUCGGCCGGUCCCUCAUGCGAGUGCGAGAUCGGUUCAGGGAAGAGGGUCUUACAUGA